AUGUCAGGAGGAAUCUCGCAGGACUGGGAACCCAUCGUCAUCCGCAAGAAGGCUCCGACCUCCGCUGCCAAGAAGGAUGAGAAGGUCGUGAACGCUGCUCGCCGCGCCGGAGUUGAGAUUGAGACCAUCAAGAAAUCAAAUGCUGGCUCGAACAAGGCGGCCUCUAGCAGUACUACCUUGAACACCAGGAAGCUUGAUGAAGAGACUGAGAUUGUUGCUCAUGAGCGAGUGCCAAGCGAACUGAAGAAGGCCAUCAUGCAAGGUCGAAUGGACAAGAAGCUUACUCAGUCUCAACUUGCUCAGUUGAUCAAUGAGAAGCCUCAGAUAAUUCAGGAGUACGAAUCCGGGAAAGCCAUUCCUAACCAACAGAUCAUUAGCAAGUUGGAGCGAGCUCUCGGAGUGAAGUUACGAGGCAAGAAGUGA